GGUGGUCAUUGUAAUCGCUGUCAAAACGAACGAAAACAAAACAAAACCCCAAUUUGACAAAUUACCAAUUGGGCACACAAAUUGGAGUCAUAAAUAACAACUUUUUUAUCUCAAAAUUUGGAGAAAGCGAUUAUCACAUUUGGAUGUGAAAGAACGCAUAAAUGUCCCGGGACAGUGUAAUACGCGGAGAAGAUUGGUGCAAGUGCGACGCGACGACGACGACAACGGUAGUGACGAAGAAACAAAGCAACGGCAAACUUAGAAACGCAGAGAUAUAAUAGAAAAGAAAAAUAAAACGGAAGAUUGCAACCUCUACGGAAAGGGGAUUUUUUUGGUGGUCAGUGUUAAGGAUUGAUCGUAGAGAGAAGCAUUGAACUUUGGAUAACUUUAAUUAGAAACGACACAACAAUGGCUCAAGAAGAUCAAGAAUAUCGCCAGACCAUAAUCAAUCGUUUGCGGGAACGUAAUAGGCGCGAUGUGUUACCCUUCAAAGAAAUCAUACAGCAAAAUAAUCGCUUGCUGGACAGUGUUGCCCAACUCAAGGCGGACAAUCUAAAAAUAUCCGUAGAAAAUGAACAAUUACGAACGGCCAUCUCAACAGGUGGUGGUGGCGGAAAAGACAGUACAGCCGCCCAAUUGGCCAUUGCCGCCUUGGAAAAGAAACUGCUGGCCCAGCAGGAAGAAUUAACUGCCCUCCACAAGCGUAAAGGCGAGAAUUCCCAACUAAUAGUCGACUUAAAUCUAAAAAUGGAAAAACAACAGCAAAUCAUUGCCAGCAAGGAACAAAGUCUUGCAGAACAGAAAAAUACCAACGCUUCCUUAAAGGCUGAAGUGCAAAUGUUAAAAUCAAGUCUAGAGGAAUUGAAAAACCUCAAUACAACAUUGCGUGAUGAAUAUACCGCCUUACAGUUGGCUUUUAGUGCACUCGAAGAUAAGCUGAGAAAUGUUCAGGAUGAAAAUCGGCGUUUACUGGAUCGUUUGAUGCACUACAAAGCAAAAGAUGCCGACAAGCUGAAUGAAGAAAACGAAAGCUUUAUAAGAAAAAGACUGCCGUCAAUUUUCAGAAAACGUUCCGAUAAACUGAAACGUGAACUCGAAGACGCUGUCCGUGAACCCAAUUCAUCAUUUACCCAUCAUCGUAACUCAUCGGGCUCCUCAAUACACGGCGGUGCGGGUGGAGACGCAUACGACGAUAGUGAUCGUGACACGCUUAGUGGUGAUCAUAACAUUGAGACCGGCUGUGAUGCUGAGAUGUAUGGUUCACCGCAAGAUCCCUUCCAUACUGGCGGCAUGGGUAGCUAUAUGAAGAGUGCGAAUCCUACCAAUAUCUAUAUGAAGUUUGAGGCCCACGAAACUGAAUCGCAUGCGGUACGUUGGAGUCCGAUUGAACGUGUCAUUGCAACCGGUGGGGCCGAUCGUAAAGUCAAGCUGUGGGACGUGGGGAAAGGCUCAUCGGAACCACGUUCCGUUCUGGGUGGCAGCAGUGCUGGUAUUAAUUCCGUCGAUUUUGAUUCCACCGGCACCUACAUUAUAGGCACAUCAAAUGAUUACGGAGCACGAGUGUGGACAGUUGGUGAUAAUAGAUUAAGGCUCACCUUAUCAAAGCACACUUUAACCGGCCACAGUGGCAAAGUAAUGGCAGCUAAGUAUAUACAAGAACCAGUGAAAGUUGUAACCGGCAGCCACGAUCGAACAUUAAAAAUCUGGGACUUGCGUAGUAUAGCCUGCAUAGAGACCAAAUUUGCCGGAUCUAGUUGUAAUGAUCUCGUUACCACCGAUAGUUUAGGUUCGACCAUUAUUAGCGGUCAUUAUGACAAAAAGAUCCGAUUUUGGGAUAUACGUACCGAAAAGCAGGCCGAUGAUAUUUUGAUGAAUGCCAAAAUUACCUCAUUGGAUUUGUCAAAAGAUUGCAAUUACCUCAUUUGUUCAGUACGUGAUGAUACUAUAAAACUUUUAGAUUUACGCAAAAACCAAGUUAUUUCCACAUUUUCCAAUGAACAUUUUAAACUUAGCUGUGAUUGGGCCCGUGCCUCAUUUAAUAUGAAUGCCACAAAAAUCGCCUGUGGUUCAUCGGAUGGCGUUAUCUACAUAUGGAAUGUCAUGGGCAAUUUGGAAUGCGAAUUAAAGGGACAUGCUUCUGGUUCUGGAUUAUUUCACAGUUCUGCAGUGAAUGCCGUCAGUUGGAGUCCCAAUUUUAAUGCCUUGGCUUCGGUGGGCAAGGGUAAAAAAUGUUUGAUCUAUACAGAGUCGUAGCUGGAGAUAACAGGCUGACCCAGAUGUAAGAAAAUAAGGUAUAUUGGAUGAAAUGAAACAAGUAUGGCCACAAUAAUAUAGCUCAGAAAUUAUUGAUAAGAUGAAGUUAUUGUAUAAAGAAAACAUAACGAUAGCAACGUUAUAAUGAUGAAGAAAGAACAAGAAAACCUUCAAGAGGAAAAAUAUGAAAACGUGAUUUUGAAAUCAGUUUUGUAUGUAAGAUAAAACGGCAAACAAGCAUUACAAAAAAAUACAAUUUGAAAUUUUUUCUUGAAUUAAUAAAAAAAUUAAAAAUUUUGUUCGUUACUUUUAUACUUAAAAAAACAUAAGAAACAAAAACACAAAUCCUUAAGUUCUUGUUUGUAAGAUCUAAAAUUUUCUGUAAGAAAAAAAAAACUUAAUAAUUUCAAAAAGUAUAUAUGUAUAUCUGAUGUAUGUUUUACUUUAUUUUUUACAUUAAGUCACCUAUAUGUUUUAUAUUAUAACAACAAUGUAUACAUUUUUUAUAAUAAUAAUUAUUAAGGUAUUUACAUGAUAUGCAAAAAAAGAAUAGAAGAAGAACAAGAACCAACAAUUACAGUUAUGUGAACACAAAACUGUUUAAUCUACAUCAACAAAAACAGUA